UUGGCACCACAGUCACUCUGCUGUACACCUUGACACGCUCAACCAUUCAGGUCUCUGCUUGACCUCUUCAGCCAGAAUGGAUCCUGUGUACGAGAAUGAGAUUCAGUCAUCAGGUGAAUAUGACCUGACGUACGAGACGCCAUACGCUGAGCCCUCAGACCUGACAGCAGAGUACGAAAACACUGGGACUCGACGAGUACCGACUCCCCCUUCUCUCCCACCACCUCACCAUCCCACGGAGGAGAGGAGAGGCAGUUCCUCCUCUUCCUCAUCCUCCUCAUCUUCCUCAUCUUCCUCACAUGCCGAAGAUGAAGAGAAAGGGGAGAAUGAGGACUUGAAUAGGGAGGAGGAGAAAGAGGAAGAGGUGAUGACAAUGGUGGAGGAGAGCAACAAAGAGAUGAAUUGGGAGAGGGGGUCUCCACAGGCAGAGGAGGACAGGGGGAACUCAUCACGCAGGUCCUCAUCUUCGUCAUCAUCGUCUUCAUCAGCCUCUGAGAAGCAGGAACCUGAGGAGAAGCCAGAGCCUGAUAAGGACGGACCUACAGUACAACUUUUUAUUAAGGCUGGGAGUGACGGAGAGAGCAUCGGAAACUGUCCCUUCUCUCAGCGCCUUUUUAUGAUCCUCUGGCUGAAAGGUGUAGUCUUCAAUGUCACCACUGUCGACCUGAAGAGGAAACCGGCUGACCUGCACAACCUGGCCCCAGGGACACACCCGCCCUUCCUCACCUUCCAGGGGGAGGUUCUCACUGACGUCAACAAAGUAGAGGAGUAUCUGGAGGAGAUGCUGGCUCCACCAAAGUAUCCCAAACUUGUAGCAAAGAAUCGGGAAUCAAACACAGCAGGAAAUGACAUAUUUGCCAAGUUCUCCGCUUACGUCAAAAACACAAGACCGGAUAAAAAUCGAGCUUUAGAGCAGAGUCUAAACAAGUCUCUGGCCAAGCUGGAUGAGUAUCUGAUGAGCGCACUACCUGACGAGGUUCAGGCGGGACACCACAUGGGUGAGGGAGAAUCCAAACGCAAAUACCUGGACGGAGACGAACUGACGCUGGCUGACUGCAACCUUCUGCCCAAACUUCAUGUUGUCAAGGUGGUUGCGAAGAAAUACCGGAACUAUGACAUCCCAUCUGAAUUCAAAGGGGUGUGGCGUUACCUUGGCAACGCCUACAACCGAGAUGAGUUCACCAACACGUGCGCAGCCGAUGUGGAAAUCGAGCUAGCCUAUAAGGACGUUGCUAAGAGGUUGGGAAAGUGAAUGCAUCACUAACACAGUCACUGUUGUACCUUUAUCUCCUUUUAGAAAAUCUACUAAAUCAUACUUCUGACACACAGCAUACACACUCUUUACAAAGCAUGUGUCGUUUGUAACACCAAUGUGCUGAAAUGUGGUUAAAUGUAGUACAGUGGUGUGGUGUCUCAAAGAAAAGACUAAUGAUUUGUCUUUUUUUUUUUUUAAGUUGCUAAGUAGCAUCUCAAGUCUUAUGCCUCUGUAA